UAAGGAAAAAACAACGGCAACGACUGCGAGAGACGGGUGCAAACAAACUUCACAUCCCGAACAGGCCUAGUAAUGCCCGCUUCAGACUUAAACUAAUGAGAACGAGCAAAAUUUGAUCACAGAAGGAUACGGGAAUUGAUUGUAACGUGCGCGCGUUGCGCGACAAAUUCUUGAUGGCUUCUGUGAAGGCACAAGGAGACGCCGUUGCUAGUCGUAUCCUUGCAAAACAAAACAUCAAUCGGACAGAGGAAGAACUGGACUCUCUGAUUCCGUGGCUGAGACAAAGAAGCAAGCUGUUUUCAAAAGAACGGGACGUUCCAGACGAAGCAAUCAAAGAUGUACUAGAAGAUAGCCACGUUGCCCGUUACCUAUCGCAAGAGGUGAUAUUCAGAGCGGGUGAAGAAAGCCGUUGUUUCUACGUUAUUAUCUGCGGCUCUGUAUCUAUUGUAACCGAUAAGAGCGUCGAUUCAGGACUCUCGAAGACUGCCAGUACAGAUACUGUAACUAGUAGUAGAAUCAACGUUCACCUUCGACCCGAAGCAGACAGCGACUUGACAGUUCUAGGACCCGGCAAAACGUUUGGAGAAGUGUCACUGACACCGACAACUACUGCGAUGAGGUCUGCCACUGCCGUCGCUAAUACUUCAGCUGAUGUGCUUGUCGUUAGUCGGCCUCUCUUCCACCGCUCAAUUGAACGCUGCCAAAAAGCAGACGCAAAAGAGAAGAAUCAGUUUGUCAACAGCACGUCCAUGUUCGCCGGUUGGUCUCAACAGAAUCGCGGUCUUCUCGUAGCAGCACUGCAACACAGUACUGGCAAACAUCUGGAAAUGUUGUUCAGACAAGGUACGGAGGCGUCUCGAGUGUACUUUAUUCGUUCGGGAUUUGUUACGUUGUCCGUGACACACAGCAAGGAUGGCGAUAACAGUGAGUCUGCUCUGAGAAGACGAUACCAAAACGAUCUCGAGCACCAGGACGGUAACACGAGUGACAAAAAACUUCAAGAAAUCUGCAUAAUAGGACCAAGGGAUGCACUAGGAGACGUCGAAGUUGUGUAUGAUCUUCCGCAUUACAUGUGUACUGCAACCUGUUUGACAAAUGUAGAUGCCUAUUGUCUAGACAAGAGCACGUUUCGUUUUCUGUUCAAACAGAAGAAUCCUGAGACUUGGCUUAAAGUCAACAUUCUUGUCAAUUACAAAUUAAUCAGUAGAGGUCCCAAUCUCAAAGAUUUUCCUAUUUUUGUCUCACUCUUGACAAGAGCCAAUAGGGCGGUGGAACUUGCAGAACACAAGCAGAAACGACGACAGCAGCAACAACAACAGCAGCAAACGAAGAGGAGAACUAGACUACGGGAAGCAGCAGUAAACAAACACAAAGCUCUGGUCACCAAACGACUCGGAAAGAUCGCUUCGGCACAAACUGCCAGCGAAGCAAAACAAAUAUCCAGCAAUCAGAAUGUUAGACUUGAUGCAGAUGAUACCGACACGAUGUUUUCAAACGUCGCUCAAUAUGAGACAAUAAACGACAAAGCCGAGGAGGAACCAACCAAGGAAAACAAGCAAACAGCGCUUACUGAUGACUCACCGACAGGUGUUGCAAACGUCGAAUCGAUUGGAAGAAGAAUUCCGAUGCAGAUUCUGUUGGCCGAGCCCGAAGGGAGACGCUGGAAUACUUGCUUCAGAGCAGCCGUCGACAUGUCCAAUGCUCUUCACAACAUGUCACGAAAUGAAACAGUGAAGCGAUUGCUCGGUCGCCUAAAGCAAAUCAAACCGGUUGUUGUAACGAAAACGACCAUCUGCAAUAAACGUACACGCUUUCGUCGUGCAAGUAAUCCUCCCCCAACGGCAUUAUUCAGUAGUCGCACUACUCUUCCACUAGUAGUAGGAAACCGACAGCUUGAAGACAGUAAGUUUAUUCGACAGGGAUGUCUCACUCCAAUACGAGGUUAUGUACAAGAAAGAGCAAACCAAGGAACUUCACUGCUCAAGACUCGUCUGCGUCCUAGUAUUCAUCCCAAAUUACAACUUGUCGUACAGCGAAUGAAUACUCGUCAGCACACAAGACAAACACAAACAGCACCAGCGUAUGCGUUCAUCAAAGGAACGUGCUGAAGCAUUUAUUGAUAUCGCUCAAGUCAGUUAACCGAUAUAUGUACCGUUACCGUAUUUAAGCGUAUAUAGAUUUAAAAGACGUCGAUGUUGCUUUAGCUAAGAAUUGUGAGGUAAUAGCUGUCAUUGCGCAAGAAUGACAGUGCAUGCUCGCUUGUUUGGUGGAUCUACAUUGCUUUCUUUGUUGUGCA